UUUUAACAAUGUUACUUAGUUCCUUUGUUGUUUUUUUAGCUUUUUGGGAGAGGCUAUUAGACAUUCAAAUGGAUUGCAUAAAAAAAGGUUCCGUGACAUUGCUUCAUGCUGGCAUCAAUCCUAAUUACACUUAUUACGUUGCCUGUGAUCCCGACGACGUUUCUACAGUGUUAAAUUCGUGUUUAGAAAGAAGCUUUCUUCUCACGGAUCAUGUGAAAGCAGUUUUUGGAAAUGGACUUGCAACAUCGUCAGUUUCAGUUUGGAGGAGUCGACGAAAGAGGCUAGAAGCAGUUUUUAACAAAUUGCAGUUUUCCACAGACGUUAUGGUUAAUGAGCAAACCAUACUGCUUAUAGAGGAGUUAGCACCAAAAGCGGACAAGGCAAGCUUUGAUCCAUCCCGUUAUUUGAAGUACGCUAUAAUGAGGACUUUAUUUACAAUGAUCUUUACGGAAAGUCAACACGAUGAAGAAUUCUGUAAGCAUGUAGAUUUGUGCAUUAAAGCUACAGAGAAUGUUAGCAAAGCACUAUAUGUCAAACACAAAAAUAUAUUUACUCAUAAUAACUUUAUUUUCAAUAACUGUACUAAAAGCAAGUCCAUGCAAGAAGAGGCGAUAGGAAUACUUAACGAUGUUAUAAAUGAGAAUAUGAAAAAGGAAAUAGCCAUCGGAAAUGAAGUGGAGAAAUCACAAGUCACCGAUUCCGAAAAACUGGGGCUGUUAAACUACCUUCUCAAACUAAGGGCUGAAAGCAUUUAUAAUGAUGAUGACGUUAUAAAAGAAAUACUGUCAAUAAUUUUCAGCGGUUACUUUACGAUGUCUUAUACCCUGUUAAAUGUUUUGAAUAUGUUGGGUUCCCAUCUGACGGUCCAAGAAAAGCUUUACAAGGAAAUUUCUUCUCUACCAAACACUUCAGAGAAAAUUAUUAAAAUGGAUAAUUUAUCUCAGCUACCUUUUUCGGAUGCUGUAAUAAUGGAGACUCUGAGAUUAUAUCCACCUAUAUCGUUUAUAUCAAGAUUAGUAGACAAAGAAGUCGUUUUAGGUAAAUAUAAACUAGAAACUAAUAGCAAUUGCUUGCUGUGCGUCUACGCUAUGAACCGUCAUCCUAAAUGGGGUGAGGAUGCGGACGAGUUUAAGCCUGAAAGGUGGCUAGAGGAUGUUGCUUCGAAGCCGUUCGCCAGUUUUGGGUUGGGAGAAAGGAACUGUAUAGGAAAACUGUGGUCGUUGUCAAUAAUGAAGAGGCUUCUUAUAGGCAUAAUGAGGGAGUAUGUUGUAUAUAGAAAUGCUGAUGCAAUGACUAUGAAGCAAAAGUUAUUUCUGCAUUCUGAGAGCGGGCAUUAUAUCAGUUUACAGAAGCGAUCUACUGUUGAGAAGAAAACUGUAAAUGGAGAGAAUAUUAAUAAAUGAGCUAAUAAACAACCAAGAUUAUCAACUUUUAUAGUUUAAGUAGAAAUAAGUAUAUAAUAAGAAAUAUAGGUUCUAAAAUAAAAAUUUUUUUUUGUUACCUUUGACCAUGCCUUCUAUCCUUAGUCUGAGAACUGACUGAGUGGGUGAGCGGAGAAAGUUCCAUUAGCAUCUGUUCUGACCCCAAAAUAACAAUAGAAAUAUUACGAGUUAGUAACUUUUAAAGUUAUUAUACAUAUUUUUAUUUUUAAGCAUUGACUACUGCUAGUU